AUGGAGGAUGGACAGUCAUCCAGAGGCGCCAUGAUGGCUCGGUGGACUUUGACCAGCUGUGGGAGGCUUAUGUGAAAGGCUUUGGCAGCCUGAAUGGAGAAUUCUGGUUGGGUCUGGAGAACAUCUACACUGUUGCUAAAGAUGGUGGCUACAUCCUCAACAUUGAACUCUCAGACUGGGAAGACAACAAAGCAUCUGUUCAACUUCCAUUUGAACUGGGAGGGCUGGAAACCAACUACUCCCUCCUGAUCCAGCAGUCUGACACUUUCAGCACACUUCAGAGUUCCCUGGGAGCAGAUGCUGUCCUUGGUUUGCCUUUUACUACUCGUGACUGGGACAACGAUCACAAAGUUAACAUCAACUGUGCCAAACACCUGUCUGGUGGUUGGUGGUUCAGUAACUGUGGUCGCUCCAACUUAAAUGGUCGAUACUUCCAGAGCCCUCCUCCAAAGCAGCGUCAUCAGAGGAAGCAAGGCAUCUUUUGGAAGACCUGGAGGGGACGGUAUUACCCUCUAAAGUCCAGCAUAAUGAUGAUUGCCCCCGCUGCUAUCAAAAAGUCCUGAAGAGCCAAAAAGGCUAAAGAGAAAGCAUCACAUAAGACACAAAACACAGUUACAAAUCAGCACCAAGAAGAAGCAGAGUUCAGAAUCUGAUGGUGAGGAUUGGAUUUUCACUUCCUAUGGUCAGCUCUGGAUGGUUAGUACCGCAAGCUUCAAGGCCCAUAAACAGAAGGAAAAGAAGAAUAAAUGGGUAUUUAGUGUUCUGUUAUGUAAAAAGAUAAACAUAUUGCUUUUAAAACUACUAAUGGAAAUUGAGAGAUAAAAAUGCUGAGUGGUUGUUUUUCAGUUCUGAUGAGCAAGUCUCAGCCUGUUGUGCUGUGAGCCAUAAAACAGAUCUGAACAAGCUCCUCACAGGUUUAAUGUUGAUGUUCAGAGAGCAGAAACUGCAUAGUUGGAUACUAAAACAGGUGUGAACCGAACAAGGACCAGUUUUUAUCAUUAAGAUCAUGAUAUUAGAAUUGAAAAUACUUAUAUAAAAGUGUGUCAAAGUUCAGAUUCUAAAUUGUUAAAACAAUGUUCAUCCAAAUACAAGAAACCAUCCAUUUA